CAUUUCUAAGUACGCACCGACGGAAUCUGUUUGGUAGAUAAAGUAGUCAGUCAACCUCUCUCUCUCUGCAACCUCUUCUCUCUCAACCAUUACAAACUUUCUGGCAUCCCUUCUCGUUCGAUCAAGAGACAGAGACAAUCGAUCAGAUCCACCCCCAAUUUGGAAGAGAAUCACUUAUGGAGUGGAAUCGAUCAGAUCCCUCCUCUGAGCCUGACUCUUCUUCCUCUGAUUCUACUACGCGGCCUCGUCCAGCUUUAAAGUAUGAGGUUUUCCUGAGCUUCCGAGGUCCCGAUGUGCGAACAACUUUUGCGGAUUCUCUCUACCACUUCCUGGUCCAUUCCAAGAUUCGCACCUUCUAUGACGACGAAGAGCUCCGAAAGGGCGACAAGAUUGCUCCCUCGCUCGUCCAGGCUAUCCAGGAAUCUAAAAUCUACAUUCCAAUCCUUUCCCAAGGCUAUGCUUCCAGUAAAUGGUGCCUCGAAGAGCUCUCUCUCAUGGUGGAAUCCUUAAAUCGAAACCAAGGCCACAUCUUACUGCCCGUUUUCUACUUCGUGGAGCCGAGAGAUGUUCGACGCCAAGAGCGUUCUUAUUAUAGUCGAGCGUUUCUACAGCACAGUCGGAAAUACGAUGCAGAGACCACAAAGGAGUGGAAGGAAGCUCUCCAAUUCGUCGGACAACUGAAAGGAUGGCAUGUCACCGAAUCGGACAGACAAGGAGCUGUAAUAGAUAACAUUUUCUCACAAGUAUGGUCACAUUUGAUGGGAAGUUACAAAAUAGAGACGGAUGAGUUGAUCGGUAUUGAAUCCCGCGUUAAGGAAGUGAGAGAUUUGCUGGACUUAGAUGGUGAACGUCUGAAAAUGGUUGGGAUUCACGGUAUGGGUGGUAUUGGCAAGACCACCAUAAGUAAAGCCGUCUAUAACGAGGUCUCUUCACGCUUUGAGCGUUCUUGCUUUCUGGAAGAUAUACGCGAAACAUUGUUGAAGAACGAUGGCGUCGUUACAUUGCAAAACAAGAUCAUUUCUAGCAUUCUGAGGCAUGAUAGUCGUGUUGGAGAUACUAGCGAAGGGAUCCACAUAAUUAGAGACAAGGUUUGCAAGUACAAGGUUUUCAUUGUUCUCGAUGACGUAGACGAGAGGUUUGAGUUCGAAAAAAUCCUUGGAAAACUACAAGAUUAUUUCUUUGGAAGCCGAUUUAUUGUGACGACAAGAGACAAAAGGGUUUUGGAAUUCUUAGAAGGAUGCACAUUGUUUGAAGCCAAGUUAAUGAGUCACAAUGAUUCUUUUAAGCUUUUUGGAAAACAUGCCUUUCGAAUGGAUGAUCCCCCUGAAGAAAAUGCAGAUCUUUGUGAGGAAUUUGUAAAAAUCGCUGCAGGACUUCCUUUAGCUUUAAAGGUUAUAGGAUCAUUUUUGUUUCGUAAAGAGAAAAGAAUUUGGAGAGAAAAGUUGGAGGAAUUGAAGGAGAGACCUUUUAGUAAUGGUGUGCAUGAGAUAUUGAAAAUAAGUUACAAUGAUCUGACUUCCACAGAAAAGGAAAUUUUUCUAGAUAUUGCUUGUUUUUUCAUUGGAAAAUCCAAAGAGUUACCUUUUUAUAUGUGGACUGAUUGUAAGUUUUAUCCAGAAAGUGGUGUGAACAAUCUUAUUUUUAAAUCUCUUAUAAAAGUUAACGAGAGCAAUGAGUUCGAGAUGCAUGACCUUAUCAAAGAUCUUGGUCGAGCUAUUGUUCAGGCAGAAAAUAUUCAACAACCAUGGAAACGCAGUAGAAUAUGGUCCAACGAUGAGGCGUUGGAUAUGUUAGAAAAUGGCCAGGGAAAUGACAAGGUGGAAGCUCUUAGAAUCGACAUGGGAGAUCGAGAUGUUCGAAAGUUGACAGAAGAAGGAUUUAGGAAGUUAUCAGGGGUGAGGUUUCUUCAAGUGAGGCAUUGCAACAUGACUGGAGACUUCAGUAAGAUGCUUCCGAAUACGCUAUGGCUUCAGUUGCGCUUCUGUCGUUCAAUCCCAGAUGAUGUUAACUUGAAGAAAGUGGCGAUUCUUGAUUUGAAAGGAUCUUACCUUAGGGAUGACUGGAGAGGCUGGCAAAGAGCGAAGGAGGGUAAGAAGCUGAAAGUGGUAAAUCUAGAGGGAUGCAGUGGCCUGGUGAAAGCUCCUGACUUGUCCUCCUGUCGCGGUCUAGAAGUGAUAAAUGUUGAGGGCUGCUAUUACAUGGGAGGGGAACUGCAUAUCGGCAAUUUCAAGAAUUUGAAAAGGUUGAGCCUCCUGGGCUCUAAGAUAUCAGCGUUGAAAGGUGACAUUGGAAUGCUUCAAGAUCUGACAGAGAUUGAUGCCCCAAAUUUGAAAGAAUUCCCUGCUGGUAUUGGUGACCUACGCUCUUUGGAAAUCUUGAGGGUGACUCCGGCGGAUGCACCUAUAUCUGUACCUGCAUUCCCCACAAGUUUGAAGCAAUUAACCAUCUCGACCCCCAGGUUUCCCAAUCUGUUGGAGCUCAAGGACUUGGAGGAGCUAUGCCUUGAGCGUUGUGCGCCUGAAAUUCCUGGAGAUAUAUGGUUGCACCUGACCAAGUUGAAGAUACUGACAGUGUCUUUUUUCAGAGGCAAAAGUCUACUAAUGCAGGUGGAGCAGUCAACAGCAGAGAGUACUAUCAGUGGUACUAGUAGUAAUGGGAUCAUGAGAGACUCAUCUUCCCAUCUCCCAUCCUCUCUAAACAGCCUUGCUUUGUCUUGUUGUUUCGAAUUGGAGACACUGCCGAAUCUUGUGAAUCUAAGUAAUUUGACCCAACUACGACUUGAACUGGUUUUGGUAGACGAGAUACGUGGUCUGGGAGAGCUGGGAAUGUUGGAAACUCUUCAAGUAUCUAGUGCCCAGAACCUGAAAAGUCUCGACGGUCUGCAAAAUUUGGUGCUCCUGCAACAGCUUACUGUGGAACACUGUGGUGCUCUGGAAAAACUGCCCUGUAUUGCCAAUUUGACCAAGUUAAACACAUUGGUCAUCCGUAGUUGCAGGAUCCUGUUUGAAAUCCAAGGGCCGGAUGCAUCGAUGGGAGGGUCCAGUUUAACACGUCUGGAAAUAAGCCGUUGUCCCAAGUUAGCCAAUGUUGAAGGCCUUAUUCAACCUCUGCAAGCACUCAACACUUUGAAUUUGGAAGGCUUUCCAUCAAUAGAAACACUGCUACUUCGUCUCUCUUCUUUCAGCAACAUGAAGAAGUUAUAUGUUCAUGGAUCCCGUCCAGGCGAUGAUUUGGAUACUACGUUUGUGCCAUCGGUACAGAUCAUGGAUCUGUCCGGUCUUGUUAAUCUACAAGUUAUGAAUAUUUCAGGAUGCCAGCAACUGGCCGGGAUUACGGGGUUUUACGCAUUGCAGUGGCUAGAAGUGCUAAAUAUUUCGCACUGCAACUCCAUUAGGAAACUGUGGAAUCUAUCUGGCCUCAAGAGUUUGAAGAAACUAACCAUUUGCGAUGCAACACAAUUGACCGAGAUGGAAGAGCUUGACCGGUUGGAAUCGCUAGAAUGGCUGCAGAUGGAUGGGUGCACGGGGAUAAAGAAGCUGCCACAUCUGCGCAAUCUCAGAAACCUGAAGCAGUUGAUUAUUAGCGGGUGUACAUCAAUUCUCAAGUUGCCGAAUCUGUGUGGUCUCACAAGUUUGACAACUUUGGAAAUUAAAGGAUUCACACAACUCUCAGAAGUCACAAGGCUAGAAAGACUGGAGUCGCUGGUACGGCUAAAGUUGAUUGAUUGCGGAUUAGUUGUGAGGUUGCCUGAUUUAUCAGAACUGAAGAAUCUGAAGGUGUUAAUUAUCCGCGGAUGCACACAGUUGAUGGAGAUCACAGGGCUCGAGAGUUUGGAAUCGUUACAAGUGCUAGCUAUGUCGAGCUGCGAGUCGAUUUACGAAUUGCCAGAUCUAUCUCAUCUUGAGCAUCUCAGGUAUUUGAAUAUCAGCGGAUGUAUGCAGUUAACGCAAGUCAUGGGAGUUGAGAGGUUGGGAUCGUUGGAAGUGCUAGCUAUGUCACAGUGCAAGUCGAUCAUAGAGCUGCCGGAUUUAUCUGCUCUAAAGAAUAUGACGCACUUGGAUAUUAGAGAAUGCAGCCAGUUGAUUGGAAUCAUUGGCCUCCACAAAUUACAGUGUACAAUACUAGGGGUGCACGAUCCUGCAUUUAUUUCCUACUGGAAAACACAUGAAAUGUACCUCAAUAUGUAAAUCAGAAUCGAAGCCCAGCUGUAACCCCCCCACAGUCGAUAUCUCAAAGCCCAGUUGAUAAAGGUUGGUUGGCUUUUAUGGUUUGGACAUUUUACAUCAUUUGGGAGAAACAUGAACAAUACACAAUUUUAAGGUUUAAUAGGUUUCCUUCUUGUUACGUAUUGUUACUUCUAGUUCGCAACGCGGACUUUACUUUGUAUAUUCUUCUACAGUAAUUCACCAACUUCAAAGCAGUUAAAAACC